UCGAUUAUUUGAGAUCCUAAUAAAAUCACAAAAUCAAACAAAUUAUGAUAUUCGUAAAAAGUACUUUUGAUAUGCUCUUGUUCUACCAUUUUCCACAAUUGCAGAUAAGAUGUAUUAUUUAACAUCUUUGACGUACAGUACACGAGGGGCUUGCCAGUCAGGCUGUAAAAAUGAAUGCUCUUACUACUCAAAACGUAUCUACAUUAACAAAACUAGUAAAAUGCGUGAACGCCUAUUCAAAAAGACUGUCCUCACAUUUCAUUUACUUUCCUGAUAAUGAAGCACCACUGGAAGGAGAAACAAGCAAAAUGAAUAUGAUGCAGGCCAUCAACAAUGCUAUGGACCUCACACUAAAAAAUGAUCCAACUGCAGUACUGUUUGGUGAAGAUGUUGCAUUUGGAGGUGUCUUCAGAUGUGCUUUAGGUUUGCAAGAAAAGUAUGGCAAGGAUCGUGUGUUCAACACUCCAUUGUGUGAACAAGGAAUAGCAGGCUUCGGGAUAGGUGUGGCUACUGCUGGUGCUACAGCGAUUGCAGAAAUACAAUUUGCAGAUUAUAUAUUUCCAGCAUUUGAUCAGCUAGUAAAUGAAGCUGCAAAGGCUCGGUACCGUUCUGGGGGUCAAUUCCCAUGCGGGGGUCUGACAGUGCGUGCGCCUUGCAGUGCUGUGGGUCACGGCGGGCUGUACCACUCUCAGAGCCCUGAAGCAUACUUUGCACAUACACCCGGACUUAAGGUAGUUAUACCCCGUGGUCCCAUCACUGCUAAAGGUCUGUUGUUGUCGUGCGUCCGCGAUCGCGACCCUUGUUUGUUCCUGGAGCCGAAGAUAUUGUACCGUUCUGCUAACGAAAUGGUACCAGUCGAUGAUUAUACACUGCCCAUAGGGAAGGCACAAGUACUCAGAGAAGGCGAUGCGGCUACUCUGAUCGCGUGGGGUACACAAGUCCACGUACUGUUAGAAGUCGCACAGAUGGCAAAAGAGAAACUGAAUGUCAAUGUGGAAGUCAUUGAUCUAAUGUCGAUUCUGCCCUGGGACGAAGAAACCGUCUGCAAUUCAGUGAAAAAAACAGGUCGGUGCCUUAUAUCUCACGAAGCACCUCUCACUUCAGGCUUCGGAGCUGAACUCGCGGCCACCAUUCAGGAAGAGUGUUUUCUGCACCUGGAAGCACCGGUAAGUCGGGUGACAGGAUGGGAUUCGCCUUUCCCACACGUUUUUGAACCUCUCUAUCUGCCGACCAAAUGGCGAUGUUUGGAUCAACUUGAAAAACUGCUUCGCUAUUGAUCUACAGUUGGCAAUUAGCUCCUAUAUUACCUAUCUCCAUAUGGUUUAACUAAUAAAAGUGAAAACUAUGUUUCCCGAAAUACGGUUACAUAGAAUGGGAGUCAUUAAAAUUCUGAUAGUUUUAGAUUGCGAUAGGUAAUAGUUUAAGAUAUGGUCUACAAAAUGCCAUUAUUUGCCUACAUUUCCAUAAAUUAUUUUGUUAGCCGUUUGUUGUUAGUUGAUUAAGAUUAAAUGAAUUUUGGUUU